GGUCAGAGCGUCAGUGUGGGAGAAAUCCAGGGGCCCAUCAUCAGUUGCGCUGAGUGAGCCGAGCUGAGAGAUGCGCGUUCACUGAGCCAGGGGAAGAAGGACCUGCCUUUUCCUCCACCGCGCCUCACUCAUAAUAACCUCCUCAUCACCAGCAUCUCGCCGCCACGGACAGACUAUGAUUUAAAAUACUACGGUUUUUGUGAUGGAAUUUUGCUCUGGAUUGUUGUAAUUUGCUAUAUUCAUACAUAGGCUUUACGCGUCCGGACUCGUCUCUCUGCACGAUAAGUUCUGUCAAAGGUGUGUCCUAAGCUGGAGGUCAAACCAUGGGGCACGGAACCGGACCAACGAUGAAGGUUAUGUGCUUCAAUCCAGGAAGUCGCCUCAAAGAAAAAUCGCAAGAUGCAGCACUUAAUUACUGACAAAACACACCAAGGAUCACCUUCAUCUUAGCACCUUCACCUGGCCACUUUGUGGGAAAAUUGGAUAUUUUUCCAUAUAUAUCUGAUAACAUUCUGUCCAUUAUCAACGUUAGAGCUGCCUCCAAAAAGAAUAACUGUAAAAUAAUCUAUGUGGAAUAUAAGAUUCAGCAGAUAAAUCCUGGAAUUUAGCCAGAAUCAGGUGGGAUCAUCACUUUGAGGAUCUAUCCCUAGUUGUAACCCUCUUCUGGUGCAUCCUGUUAUUCUCUACGAUGAAUCCCAACAGCCUACCUGGUCAUGUCCUCUUGCUGCUAAGUACCGUGCUGGGCCUGAGUGUAGGCUUGGAGUUUACUGGCUCUGAAGGUCAGUGGGCUCGCUACCUGCGCUGGGACGCCAGCUCCAGAAGUGACCUGACAUUUCAGUUCAAGACUUCAGAAUCGGAAGGCCUGCUGCUCUACUUUGACGACGGCGGCUAUUGUGACUUUCUGCUUCUCACCGUAUCCGAGGGUAAGCUGCAGCUUCGCGUCAGUAUCGACUGUGCCGAGACCACCAUCACCUCUGACAAGAUAGUCAACGACAGCCGCUGGCAUUUUGCCGCCAUCAACAGGCACAAUUUGCGGACUGGCUUAGCCGUGGAUGGCCAGACCAAGACGGAAGAGGUGCGGCCCCAGAGACGGUUUAUGAAGAUUGUUAGCGACCUCUUUCUCGGAGGGCUCCCGGGGGACAUACGCACAUCUGCAAUCACCCUGCCCUCUGUCCGUGAGUUGCCACCAUUCAAGGGAAUUAUCACAGACCUCAGUUAUGGGAGUAACCUGCCCACGCUCAUCAAUAGUCAGAAGGUACGUUUGGAGAUGAUGGGCCUUUGCACAGAGAACCCCUGUGAGAAUGGCGGGAUCUGCUCGCUGGCAGAUGGAGAGACGUACUGUGACUGCUCCAAAACUGGAUAUGUAGGUCGAUACUGCACUGAAGCAGUCCAGAGAAAACCAGGCUUCGCUCACCUGAAGGCAGAGCAAGGUAGAAACAAAGCGCGGGAGGAGAACGUGGCCACCUUCCGUGGCUCGGAGUACUUCUGCUAUGACCUGUCGCAGAACCCCAUCCAGAGCAGCAGCGACGAGAUCACGCUGUCCUUCAAGACCUGGCAACGCAACGGCCUCCUCCUCCACACGGGGAAAUCGGCCGACUAUGUCAACCUGGCGCUAAAAGAUGGCGCCGUCUCCCUCGUCAUCAAUCUGGGCUCCGGGGCCUUUGAGGCCAUCGUCGAGCCAGUCAAUGGGAAAUUCAAUGACAACGGCUGGCACGACAUCAAAGUGACACGCAACCUGAGACAGCAAUCAGGCAUUGGACACGCUAUGGUGACAAUCUCCGUUGAUGGGAUCCUCACCACCACUGGCUACACCCAGGAAGACUACACCAUGUUGGGCUCCGAUGAUUUCUUCUACGUGGGUGGGAGCCCCAGCACUGCCGACCUGCCCGGAUCUCCAGUUAGCAACAAUUUCAUGGGCUGCCUCAAAGAGGUGGUGUACAAGAACAACGAUAUCCGGCUGGAGCUGUCCCGCCUUGCCCGCAUCGUGGACCCCAAGAUGAAACUCCAGGGUGACGUGGUCUUCAAGUGUGAAAACGUUCCCACCCUCGACCCCAUCAACUUCGAGACGCCGGACUCGUACCUGGCCUUGCCCAAGUGGAACACCAAACGCGUAGGCUCCAUCUCCUUUGACUUCCGCACCUCGGAACCCAAUGGGUUAAUACUCUUCACCCACGGCAAGCCCCAGGACCGCCGGGACGCAAAGGGCCAGAAGAACAACAAGGUGGACUUCUUUGCGGUGGAGCUGCUGGAAGGGGGGCUGUACCUGCUGCUGGACAUGGGCUCCGGCACCAUCAAAGUCAAGGCCACACAGGCUAAGAUCAACGACGGCGCCUGGCACCACGUGGACAUCCAGAGGGACGGCCGCUCAGGCAUCAUCUCGGUAAACAGCCGCCGGACCCCUUUCACAGCCAGCGGGGAAAACGAGAUCUUGGACCUGGAGGGGGACCUUUAUCUGGGUGGUCUGCCUGACAGCCGGGCGGGCCUGGUGCUCCCCACGGAGCUCUGGACCGCUAUGCUCAACUACGGCUACGUGGGCUGCGUCCGGGAUCUGUUCAUCGACGGGCGCAGCAAGGACAUUCGGCAGAUAGCUCAGUCCCAAAAUGCAACCGGUAUCAAGUCUUCGUGCAGUAAGGUGACGGGGAAACAGUGCGACAGCAACCCCUGCAAGAACCACGGAGCAUGUAAGGAGGGAUGGAACCGCUUCGUCUGUGACUGUACUGGAACUGGCUUCUGGGAUAGCACCUGUGAAAGAGAAUCCUCGAUCCUGUCAUACGAUGGCAGCAUGUACAUGAAAGUGGUGAUACCAAACAUUGUGCACACAGAGGCCGAGGACGUGUCUCUCCGCUUCAUGUCCCAGCGGGCGUUCGGCCUGCUCAUGGCUGCCACGUCCCGCGAGUCAGCAGACACACUGAGGCUCGAGCUAGACAGCGGGAGAGUCAAACUGACGGUCAACCUAGACUGUGUCAGGAUAAACUGUAACUCCAGCAAGGGCCCUGAGGUUCUUUAUGCCGGACAAAAGCUCAAUGACUAUGAGUGGCACUCAGUACGAGUGGUCCGCCGCGGUAAAAACUUCAAACUCACUGUGGAUGACGACAUGGCUGAAGGUCAGAUGGCGGGCGAUCACACCCGUCUAGAGUUCAACAACGUGGAAACGGGCAUCUUGACCGAGAAACGUUUUGUCUCGUCUGCUCCGUCCCCCUUUAUUGGGCAUCUUCAGAGCCUCAAGUUUAACGGCAUGCAGUACAUUGACAUGUGCAAGAACGGGGACAUCGACUUCUGCGAGCUCAACGCGCGAUUUGGCAUACGCUUCAUCAUCGCCGACCCCAUCACAUUCAAGACCAAGGGCAGCUACCUGGGCUUAGCCACUCUGCAGGCCUAUACCACCAUGCACCUCUUCUUUCAGUUCAAAACCACAUCGCCUGACGGUUUCAUCAUCUUUAACAGCGGGGACGGGAAUGACUUUAUUGCCGUGGAGCUGGUCAAAGGGUUUAUCCACUAUGUGUUCGACCUGGGGAACGGGCCAAGUCUGCUGAAGGGGAACAGUGACAACCCACUGAACGAUAACCAGUGGCAUAACGUGGUCAUCACGAGGGACGCUUCCAACACACACACGCUCAAGGUGGAUACAAAGUCAGUCACCCAGAAUGUCAACGGAGCCAAGAACCUCGACCUCAAAGGUGACCUGUUUGUUGGAGGUUUGGGACCCAACAUGUACCAGAACCUCCCUAAGCUGGUGGUUUCUCGGGAGGGCUUCCAAGGCUGUUUGGCCUCGGUUGAUCUCAACGGCCGCCUGCCAGAUCUCAUCAACGACGCCCUUUUCCGCAGCGGGCAGAUUGAGCGUGGCUGUGAAGGCCCAAGUACGACCUGUCAGGAAGACUCGUGCGCCAACAUGGGGGUGUGUAUCCAGCAGUGGGAGAACUUCACUUGCGACUGCUCUAUGACGUCUUACUCUGGGACUCACUGCAACGACCCUGGCACCACCUAUAUCUUUGGGAAAGGAGGGGGUUUGAUCACAUACACAUGGCCCAAUAAUGAGAGGCCUAGCACACGGACGGACCGGCUGGCGGUGGGCUUUAGCACCACCAUCAAAGACGGCAUCCUCGUCCGCAUCGACAGCGCCCCACGUCUGGGUGACUACAUCAUGCUCCACAUCGAACAAGGCAAAGUGGGUGUGACUUUCAACAUUGGGACAGUGGACAUCAGUGUGAAAGAGAUGACCACAGCAGUAAACGACGGCAAAUACCAUUUGGUCCGAUUCACCAGGAACGGGGGUAACGCCACCUUGCAGGUGGACAACUGGCCAGUCAAUGAACACUUUCCUACAGGCCGGCAGCUGACAAUCUUUAACACCCAGGCCACUAUUUCCAUCGGUGGAAAUGACCGGAAGCGGCCCUACCAGGGCCAGCUCUCUGGCCUAUACUACAACGGCCUCAAAGUCCUCAACAUGGCCGCCGAGGGCCAUGUCAACAUCAAGGUGAACGGCAGCGUGCGGCUGGUUGGCGACGUGCCGGUCAACAGAGGCGCAGCACGCACCACCACCUCGGUGCCACCAGAGAUGUCCACCACCUUUAUCGAGACCACCACCACGCUCUCCACAACAACCACACGCAAACAGCGCUCACCGCCCACUAUUCAGACGACCGAUGACAUUGUUCGUCGGCGGAGUGCUCCAGCGACGAUGAGGACCUGGAAGAGUGCGACUCCGGACAUGCAGCCAAAAGCUCUAAUGCCGCCCGACCGCUUCGUGCCGCCUUUACAUGGACAUGGAGGGGAGCUAGUCAUCCCCGUGCUAGUCGAGGACCCCAUAGACAUCCCUUCUGUAUCCACCCGUUCUCCCUUCAUCCCCCUCCCCCCAACCCUCCACCCCGUCCUCACCAUUAUUGAGACCACCAAAGAAUCCUUGGCCAUGGCCACUGAGGCGGGGGUACCUUGCUUGUCGGACCGAGGCAGCGAUGAUUGUGAUGAUGGUGAUGGUGGUGAUGAUGGUGAUGAUGAUGAUGAUGAUGGCAUGGUGAUUUCGGGGUUUGGCUCUGGCGAAGCUUUCGACUCUAGCCUGCCCCCUACUGACGAUGAAGAUUUUUACACCACCUUCUCCCUGGUAACAGAUAAGAUCUUGACCACAUCGGCUUAUGAAGGCGGCUACAAAGCCCUCGCGCCCAAGUGGGAGGCCAAGGACUUGAGGCCUAGCAAAGCCUCUGAGGCAGGUAGGACUACACCCACCUCGCCUCUGCCCGACCCCCGGGGCACGCCGGCGGUCCCCUCGGACACGCCACCCAAGCUGCCCGCCGGGAAAAUGAACAACCGCGAGGUAAAACCCCCGCAGCCGGACAUAGUCCUGCUGCCCCUACCCACGUCCAUCGAUCUGGACGGCACCAAGCCACGGGGCCCCUUCAUCACCUCGCCCAUGCUGCGCACGGUGCCCGCCGCCUUGCCCACCGUGCCCGGCGUGGUGCGCCGCGUGCCCCCGGGGGCCUCAGAGGUGAUCCGGGAAUCCAGCAGUACCACGGGCAUGGUGGUGGGCAUUGUCUCAGCCGCCGCCCUGUGCAUCCUCAUCCUCCUCUACGCCAUGUACAAGUACAGGAACAGGGACGAGGGUUCCUACCAGGUGGACGAGACGCGCAACUACAUCAGCAACUCGGCGCAAACGAAUGGCGCUGUGGUGAAGGAUAAAGCACCCAGCGGCAGCGCCAAAGGCAGCGCAGGUAGCAAGAGACCGAAAGACAAGGACAAGGAGUAUUAUGUAUAGAAAUCAGCAGUCAUUUCCCAACACAAAGAAAAAUAAACUGUAUGGACACAGUUAUAAACAUUUUGACAGUACCAUAUUGGCAACUGUGAUUUCAAAAAAAAAAAAAAAAAAAAAGGAAAAAAUCUCUUGAGAACUCAAGACUUAGUGAGUCACUGAAACAUUUACAAAAGAACUUUGGCUUAUGGAAGCACACUUACUAUUGUAAGCAUUACAGAGAGACAAUGCAGUACAACUUCACCGGGACUCAACGUGGAUCUUCUGAGGGAGUCCCUGCUGGAGACGUUUGGCAGUGUGAACAACAUCACUCUUAACAUCCACGCGACCCUAAGUGACUGUCAGGAGGUGUGUGAUCCUGGGAGUUCUAACAACCUUGUCCAUUGUAACCCUGUAAAAUACGAUCACUGUCAUUUCGGCCAUUCUGAGCAUGCAUGUGAGGUGUAUGUGACGUGGUGCUGGCAUCUGUGUAAGUGAGGGACCUCAAGAAACUAUGAUUGUCGGGAAAGUUGGAAGUCAAAACCUGAUUUCACAUUACAAACGGUUUCAUUAAACGUAGCUUUCAUCAAUGCGAUAUGAGCUAAAGUAUACGUGUACUUAAAGCUGUCUUUUUAUUUUUACUUUUUUAUUUAUUCAUUGAUUAAGUUAUUUAUUUAUUUAAUGAAUUUAGGUCCUUAUUGUUUUUGUUUUUUUGAAGGAUGAUGUCCAGUCAGGGUCGACUAGGCAGUGCUCAGUGACCGCUCAGCAGGAUGUGAUACUGUAAUGUAUCUCAAUAUUUCUCUCUCCCUUACGUCUCAGCUAAGGAUUGGACUGCUAUGCAUGGCAACCAAAUUCUAGAUAGUGUUCAAGCGUGAAAGAGUGGAUCCACCAGGCAAAAUACACAUAAUAAUGUUACUUCUCUGAAUUUUGAAUCUCUUACAGCAUUUGUCUUUUCUUCCAUUUCAUUUUUGUUGUUGUCCAGUUUUCGAAACAUUUCCUGAAAUGAUGUGGCAAAAUGCAUUGUCAUAAUUAGAGUCCAGCGGAGAUUUAAUUUGUCACAAUGUUAAAAAAAAAAAAGAGGAAAAAAAUUCCAGGCUUAAGACUUAACUCCAGUGUGAACGUGUGAUUCAAUCUGUUUUCACAGACAACUGUGUCAAAAACAGCAAAUAUGUUUACAUAUUUUAUUACAUUAUAGCCGUUGUGCUUUGCAGGUCAAUAUUGUACAGAACUUCAAGUUUCUGUUGAUUUGUAAAAAAGAAAAUCAUUUUCUUGUAUAGACAGACCAUUUGAUUUGAUUAUACUGCUGUAAAUCAUUUGUAUUCCUUUGCCAGGAACGCCUGGAGAUAAAAAAAAAAAAC